AUGGCUCCUUCAGCAACGGGUACCCAUCUCUAUGCUCGACAGCUGUUCCCUGGACAAUUCUUACCCGGCCAGCUAACGGCCGGCCAGCACACGGCCGCCCAGGUCUCCGCUGGCACUGCACAAGCCUCGGCCGGGUGCGGCUUAGAGAGCAACGUCUGGGGUCAAGUCUCGCCGGUCUCGGCCUCCGGCUACGCCAAUCUUUGUCUGCAAUGUCGAGUCAACGUCUUCGGCGUCGAAAUUUUCGAAUUUAACUUCUAUAAUGCCCUCGCGGCUAGUAUCAGUGCCCAUGGUGUCUCUGCCAGCCAGGUUUCCGUCUUGCAAAGCGCUAUCGACGGUGACCUCCUCAGACUGUCGGCCGGCUCAAAGACCAGUGCCAGUUGUACGGCAUCCUGUGCAGGCGACCAAAGAUGUGACUCUUGCAGCUUUGUGAAUGGGAGUUGUCGGAUGAAGGCGGUCAACUACCUUAACCAAAACCGGGCCGGUGCGCCUCUUGCGCAAGCGUUCCAAGGGCUGUACUCGAACGGAGGCUCUGGAUACUGUUCAAUCUGCCCUAACCUUAAAGACUCCGUCACAUGUCAUUUCAUAGCCUCCGACCGAAGCUGUUCCGGCCCGAAACCAAGUGGUCUCCCCCGACGGAGCGUAGCCGCCAAAAACCCUUCGGUCGACGAGAGGUGUCCCGCCGGGCUCUCCGCCUGUCCAAUCUCCUCCGGAUUGCCCCUCAAGCUUACUGCCGGAUUCGAGUGUCUCGACGUCUUACAAGAAGUCAGCUCGUGUGGUGGUUGCGUGUCGACUGGUCAGGGCACUGAUUGCACAACAAUUAAGGGUGUAUCAUCUGCCGGUUGCUCAGAGGGCAAGUGCAAGAUUUGUAAGCCUCUUCACUCUGCUUCCAUCAUUGUUGUCGUUAUCAGUAUCAUUGACCCACCCACCUACGUUCCAUUCGGAUCUUUAGUCUCCUGCAAAGCUGGCUACCAAUAUUCCCCCGUCAAUAACGCUUGCUACAAGAGUCACCGCUCGACAAAGAUGGCUUGA